UCUCAUCUUAUUCUAGCUCCGGUCUUCUCCUUCAUCCUUUUCUAGAUACCCUUCAAGAGAGAGAAAUUAGGGUUUCUCCUUUCUCAAGGGUGUAUCGUGUUUUUUCUGUUUGGUUGCCGAGAAAAUCUAAGAAUGGGAAGGGGGAGGGUUCAGCUUAGGCGGAUCGAGAACAAGAUAAGGAGGCAAGUAACCUUCUCCAAGCGGAGAACCGGUUUAGUAAAGAAAGCUCAAGAGAUCUCGGUGUUAUGUGAUGCGGAAGUAGCUUUGAUUAUUUUCUCGCCCAAAGGCAAGCUCUUUGAGUAUUCCGCCGGUUCAAGCAUGGAGAAGAUACUCGAUCGAUACGAGAGAUGCUCAUACUCGAGCCAAGAACUUCCUCCACCGAGUUCAGAUCCACAGGGCAAUUGUUCAACGGAAUGCUCAAAGCUCUUGAGGAUGAUUGAUGUUUUGCAGAGGAGCUUAAGGCACUUGAAAGGGGAAGAGUUGGAUGCGUUAAGUCUAAGAGAGCUUCAGAGUUUGGAGAUGCAACUUGACACUGCCCUCAAGAAAACUCGCACAAGAAAGAAUCAGCUCAUGCUGGAAUCCAUAGCGCAACUCCAGAAGAAGGAAAAGGAACUAAAGGAACUGCGGAAUCAACUAAGGAAGAAGCUUGACGAGAGUAAGGAGGUGAGGGAGAUCGAUCGAACUCGAGACUUAGAGCGGCAAAACUCAUCAUCCUUUGCGUCCCCUCGGCCGCCUCCAUCUCUUCUUGGAGGCAGGGAAGCCGGAGAAGCUGACGGCGGGACCCUAAUCCGGCCACCGACAAAUACAACUUUGCCUCACUGGAUGCCCCGAUGCUCCGAAGAAUAGAGAAUACGUCAUCAAAAUAUAAUUUUCUUUUGUUAUCGCAUACCAUCUCGGUUUAUCUCGGAUAUAUGAUAGAUGUAUUGUUGAUGGAUAUUUGGUUUUUGACUAAACCGAACCAAAAACCGAAUAAUAGAUCCGGUUUUGGUAUUUAUGGCAUGUGGUGUGUGUUAAAACGUUGUCAAGGUAGGUUUUCUAC